AUGCCCGCAACACCAGAAGAAGCAGCAAGGCUGCUUGAAAGCCUCAAGGAUGGAAGCGCAUCUCUAGAGCAGCUGCAGUCGCUGCUAGAGACACUGCGCAUAAACCUACCAAGCCAGGGCGGCAGCAGCAGCAGCAGCAGCAGCAGCGGCGGUGACAGCAGCAAUCUUGCGGCCCCAGCAGCAGAUUCUGCUGCAGCAGACGCACCAGCCAACCCCAAAGGAGAUGCAGGAGACGCAAAGACUGACACAGCAGCAGCAGGAGCAGCAGCAGGAGCAGCAGCAGCACCGGAAUCUGGUGGUGUAAGUACAGCUGGAGGCAGCAACAGCAAACAGCCGACCACACCAUCUGCAGCGGAGGCUAGCAGCAGCAGCAACAGCAGCAGCAGCAGCAGCACGAGCAACGGCGAAGCAGCAGCAGCAGCAGCAGCAGCAGCAGGCCGCGCGCACUUGGGCCAAAUGGAUGAAGGGUCUCGCCUUGUAAUUCAAAGGGUAGAAGAUGAUGACUCCCCCCUCAUCUCCGCUAAGACAUGGGAGGAGCUGCAGCUAUCAAAAGAGUUGCUGCAAGGAGUGCAUGCGUUAGGGUUUAAAGCCCCAGCAAAAAUUCAGGCGGCCGCUCUUCCCCUCAUCCUGAGACACCGCCAAAACCUCAUCGCUCAGUCUUUGUGUCUCUGCCCGACUCGAGAGCUGGCGCAGCAAACUGUGAAUGUCUUGAAGCAAUUGUCGCGCUUUACCCGCCUCACCAUCUUCAUUGCUGUUCCCCAGUCAAAACCAGGGAAGACGAUGGAGUUGCUGAAGAAGCGGCGUCUGAAUUCCUCCUUAGUUCGAAUGUUUGUCUUAGAUGAAGCUGACGAACUUAUCAACUUUGCAAACAACAUGGCCCCACAGGUUGAUGUGUGUACCCUUAGCAGCAGCAGCAACAGCAACAGCAACAGCAGCCACAGCAGCAGCAGCCAAAGCAGCAUCAGCAGCCAUAUCAGCAGCACCAGCAGCAACACCAGCAGCAGCACCAGCAGCAACAACAGCAGCCACACCAGCAGCAACACCAGCAGCCACACCAGCAGCCACAGCAACAGCCACAGCCGCAGCAGCAGCAGCAGCAGCAGCAGCAGCGUUAUUGUUGGGGUGUAUGUGCUGCAGGUGCAGCAAAUUCGGCGUUUUCUUCCGAGGGAUAUUCAAAUUCUGCUUUUUUCUGCGACAUUUUCAGACCCUGUUCGCGAGUUUGCAGACAAAUUAAUACCCAAAGCAAACAAAAUCACUCUGAAGAGGGAGGAGCUAACCCUAUCGUGCAUUCAGCAGUUUUAUAUGAUAGCCGAUCCAGAUGCAGCACCUGCUGCUGCAGCAGCACCUCCUGCAGCUGCUGCUGCUGCUGCUGCUGCUGCUGCUGGUGGUCUUUCUUGGGAUUGCUUAGAGGGCCUAGGCGGGGAAGUGCCUUCAUAUAUAUCUUUGUCUUCUCCUUUACAGCAGCGAGGUGGAGUAAGUAGAGAACGGCUACAGAGAAUCUUUCAAGAGAAAUAUAAACAUUUAAAGACCCUUUAUGAAGCACUUGCUGUCGGUCAAAGUGUUAUUUUUGUUAAUAGUCGUAGGCUGGCCUUCUUCUUGGCUUUGAAACUGCAGAAGGAAUUAUCUUUCUCUGUCUCUCUUAUCUGCGAGCAGAUUAAGUCUUUCUAUGGCUGUGAGAUUAAAGAACUGCCGGGGGACUCUGAAGUAAUUGAAAGCAUUAUCCGAAAGCUUAGAACAGGAGAAAGUUAA